CAAACAUGAUGUUCAUUUACGCGUGCACAAUCAUACUUACGGCAAUAUGUGAAGUCAUUGCCGUAGACCAAAAGGACUUUGCACCAAAUGUCGGCACAGUACUGUUCACUGCAGCAGAUCUUAAAAAGAAACAAUGGAGCAAAAGCGAACUAGCAUUGCUAAAGGCCAGAAGGUACUUUCAAACCCUGCUCCCUCCACCAGUGUUCAUUAACAACUUCAAUGAAGACUACGUCAACAUACUACUCGGAUAUUUCAGAGACGCUUACACUGCUAUCAGACGAGAAGCUCCUGACACCGGAACAGAUACCAUUAUGACUACAGCUCUAUCUGAUGCAAUAGGCGGCUACCUUAAAGUUUGGGUACUACCCGUGGCAAAAUUAGACUACUAUGGAGGCACAGUAUCUCAAAAUAACGUGGUCAAAUUAUUCCAAUUUUACAAUGAGAUAAAAAGAUACUUAGACACCGAUGGUGUCGAAUGGCGUGAGCCUGAUGAAAAAGUUCUCAACUCCAUGACCAUCAAUGUUGCUCCAUUGAAGAUAGUAUCAAAUACCAGAAGCAUGAAAGAUCCUUGUGAUAAUUUGGCUUACUUUGAAAAGACUGACUCAGGAUUGGCGAUACCAAUUCCAAAUGUGAAUUGGAAUCAGAGAUCAAGUACAAUGUUUAUACCUCUGAAGAAUACAUCUUUGAUACGGAUGAACACUCCGGAUUCUUCACACAAUCUGAUUAAGUACUACGAUGCAGCAACAAAUUGCAUUCAAUCUAGUAACCCUAAGGAACAGGAGAAAUUCGAUGAAAAAUUUCAAGAUUGGCUCGCAAAUGACGUUGUACCACACUUAAAGGAUGAGAAUUUGUAUCUCGCACUUGGAAGUGUACUCUCACUAGUAAACAGAACACGAGAUCUUUGCAAUAACGUCAUUGACUUAUACGGUAAUAGAUUCACCGUAUGCGGAAAACCUCCUUCCCAUGCAUUAGUCGAUUUAUCAUGUAAAAAGAUGUGGGUAAUAUCCAUAAUACUGCUUAUCGAAGUAGCCUGGUGCAUACCAGCUUUAAUUUACAUAUUAUGUUCUAAAAGAUUUCAAAAAAAAGAUUGUACAAGUAACGUCUAUCUCUUUAUAGAUAAUAAUAAGGGCGAAAAAGCAGAGAAAAAAGGCAAAGGUUACUUUAAAGGUAAGGCAAGCUACAGAGUUGAAGAUACCUGUACAAUGCCACAAGAUAAAUCCUACACGACAUCCAGUAAAAAUCCGGAAGUAAAAUUACUUCGUAGAUCUGAGUUUACGAACAUGGAAUUUGAGGGCGAAUUACCCGAAACGAGAAUUGCGAAAAAUGUUGGCAUUGGGUCCAAGGUGUGUUGUGUUCCAUCAUGUCCCGUAGCCAACAAGACGGUUGGCAUUGGGUCCAAGGUGUGUUGUGUUCCAUCAUGUCCCGUAGCCAACAAGACGUCACGCGAAAAUCCAAAACAAGUUGGAGUUGUCAUAAAAAAAAAAUCGUCACUUAAAAAGCCAGUUCAGAAUUUGUAUCCUGAUAGAUGUAAUUCUAUGCAACUAAUGGCUUUAUCAAGUCACGAUCAGGGUUUCAGCUGUAGUUCUAAACUUACCCAAAGUAAUACCAGUUUUUCAACUGUACGAAAUGCGUCAAAAAACGUACCAGUAGACAGUACAUUAUUUGACCACAAAAACAGAAAAAGACAAGGAAAAUGUGAUUACACAAAAUGUGAUGAUCGUAGAAAGUCGGAGGAGUGUUGUCAAGUCCUUAAUCAAGUCCGUAGCAACAGGUCACCAGAUGGACAAGGAAGAUUUGAGGCACUUCGAAAAGCAGAAGAAUGUAAGAAACUUGAAGAACGGCGAAGGGCAGAAGAAUAUAAAAAAGCAGAAGAACGCAGAAGGGUAGAAGAAUAUAAGAAACUAGAGGAACGCAAAAAGGCAGAAGAGUAUAAGAAACAAGAAGAACGCAGAAGAUCAGAAGAAUUAAGGAAGCAAGAAGAACGUAGAAGGGCAGAAGAAGGUAAGAAAGUAGAAGACCGCAAAAACGCUGAAGAAUAUAAUAAACUUGAAGAAUGGCGAAAGGCUGAAGAGCGUAAAAAACUAGAAGAUAAUAAAAAAACAGAAGAUUCUAAAAAAAUUGAAGAACGUCGUAAGGCUGAAGAACGAAAAAUAAUGGAAGAACGUAAAAUAGCAGAGGAACGUAAAAAGGCAGAAGAAUACCAAAAAUCAGAAGAACGUAGAAUGGCAGAGGAACAUAGGAUAGCAGAAGAACGUAGACUGGCAGAAGAACUUAGAAUCGCCGAAGAAUUUAGAAUGGCAGAAGAACAUAGAAUGGCAGAAGAACGUAAAAUGGCAGAAGAACGUAGAAUAGCAGAAGAACUUAGAAUAGCAGAAGAAUGUAGAAUGGCAGAAGAACUAAGAAAUGCAGAGGAACGUAAUAAAACUGAAGAAUUUCAGAAACUAGAAGAAUGUAUAACGACAGAAAAAUGUCAGCAAUUGAAUGAAUUAAAAAAAAAUGAAGACUGUAGACAUGCCGAUGUGUCCCGAAUGUUCGAAGAUCACAGAAGAGCCGAGGAAUGUAGGUUAAUAGAAAAACAAGACAAUUACAAAACACUAGACGAGUACAGGAUGCUAGAAAAACUUGAAGAAUGCAGAACCCUUGAAGAACAGAUUAAAGCAGAGGAGUUUAAUAGAAGACGUAAGUUACUUGAUGAUCAAAAAAGGAAAUAUGAAGAAUAUAGAAAAUUCCAGGAACGCAUGGAACUUGAACAAUUUGAAAAACUUAAAGAACAAAAUGACGAACAAAAACGUCUGGAGGAAUUUCGUAGACGAAGAAAAUCUGAUCAUUCCAGGAGAAUUGAGGAACGGAGAAAACCAGACGAGGCUAAAACGUUUGAUGAAUACAAAGAACUUGAAGAAAUCAGACAGCUUGACGAAUGCAGGAAACAUGAUGAUUCUAUAAAAUAUGAUAAAUUGAGAAAAUAUGACGAAGCCAGAAAAUUUGAUGAGCCGAUAAAAUAUAAUGAGAUUAUAAAUUAUGAUGAGGCAAGAAACAACGACAAGGCGAGAAAAUAUGAUGAGUCAAGAAACAACGACAAAGCGAGAAAAUAUGAUGAGGCAAGAAAUUAUGAUGAUCGCAGAAAACGUGAUACAGCUAGAAAUCUCACUGACCGUAAAAAAUAUGAGGAAAUCAGAAAAUUUGAGGAAUCAGACAAAUAUGGUAAACCCAGAGAACAUAACAAAGGCAGAGAACUCGAAGAAAUUAAAAAUCUCGAUGACUAUAGAGAAUUCGAUACUUGUCGACAACUUGAUGCACACAGACAUAACAAUAAAGACUUCGAUGACAGCAAGGCGUUUGAAAGUCUUACAAACUUAUACUCAGGCACUAAGAUUUACAAUGACUUUAGAAAAACAGAGGAUUUAAGAGAACAAGAUCGUAAAUCUUAUAAUAAAAUUGACAACUGCGGUGUUCGAGGUGCCUAUUCUAAUAAGAUAGAUGACCUGGGCGCCAAGGAAGGCGGUUAUUCUAGCAAUACUAGUGACCACAUGCCACGAGACGGUGGCUGCAAAAAUACAGAUUACCGUGGUUCUCGUAAUAAGAUAGAUGACAGAGUAGCACGAGAUGGUAGCUCUGAUAAUAAGACGGGCGAAAGGGAAUUACGUGGAACUCCACGCGGUUGCCAUAAAGGAGAUGAUAGAGAAGGACGAGACUGUAGCUGUGAUAAUAAGACAGGCCGAAGAGAAGUACGUGGAACUCCACGUUGUUGCCAUAAGGCAGAUGACAGAGUAGCACGUGACCGCAGCUGUAUAAGAUCAGACCGGAGGCGACAAGACGAAACUGAACGUGGCUACUGUAAAAGGACCGGAGACCGAAGGAAGCGAGAACACAGCUGUAGUAGACGAGCACAUCAUCGAAAGGAACGGGACGACAACAUUUACAUAAUUGAAAAUCGGAAUAAACGAGAAGACAGCUCUUAUUUAAGAACUAAAGAGAAAAAAGACAGUGAGGUAAAAGAAAAUACGGACCUUGUCAACGAUGUUAAAUUUGAGAAUUUAGAUCGUAAAGCACCUGAAUAUGACGACCACAACAGUCAAUUAGCAGACUCCCGAGACACAGUAACAGAUGAGCUUCAAAAAAGUUCUUGUCCUUGUACGGAGUGCAUCGAUUCACAAUCGACUUCAACUUGUCGUGACGUAACUUCAGAUAGUCUUUCAAAAUAUCAGUCAGAGAAACCAAUGGAAAAAGAAAAAAAAACCACUCGCUUUCAGGUCACGAAGGAACGGAUACCAGGAAACAGAGGAGGGAGUAAAAACAAAGUUAAAGUAAAAGCUGGAAAGUCGCCGUACUUAGAGAUUACAAUUGACAGGCCUACUACUGAAAUUUGUGUGGAUAUGGGACAGUGCAAGUCGCACUAUUCGUCGUUUAAACCUAGCAAGAUACCUAAACGCGCUGGUAAUGGUCAACCAUGCCAUAGUAGGCAAGGAUCAGACCCAUCGGAAAAACAAAGCUUGAUUCCUCAACCAAACAAGAAAACGCUGGAUGACAUUGCUUUAGCCCAGUGCGGUUGUUCCAGGUCAUGCGCCAGCAGAUUAAAUGACACAUUCUGA